UUGAAAUCCUCUACUUAUUACCUUGGAAUCUUUGCAUCUUGAACUACCCAAACAAUUUGUGAUGUUGAAAUGGCUACUAGGCACCCUCCCCUAUUCCUGUAUUACUAAUUAAUCCUUUUUCCACCGGGUUCGGCGGAACAAUACCCAGGUAAGAACCAUUACUAAUUAGUAUUCAUCAUCAUCUGAUCGUUUAAAGCCAUGGCAGUCUUUCCGUUAUUGCUGGAGAAUAGGAUUCAUAAUUAAUACUGUUAUUUUAUAAAAUGAAUCGUGAUGCCUCCGAUACACUCUUCUAAUGCCGAUGGGGAUUCGGACGCGAAUACCUAUUACACAACUGUCUCGGAUGCCAAGCGAAGGAAGACUCGUAAGGGCACGCGGAGUUGCUGGGCUUGCAAGAGGCGCAAGGAAAAAUGCAUCUUUGGCUCGGGAACGUCGACGACUCUGAAAAGGACAACUAUCUGCCUCGGCUGUCAGCGACGUGGUACGCGAUGUGUGAGCCAAGAAUUCCCCGAUGAUGAUGUAUCAGUCCCGCCGGACGGUGCGCGCCAGAUGGGUGAUCGUAUGGUGAGGCUUGAGGCUAUGGUCGAGGAAUUAGUCAACAGGCUUGGUAGUGACAAUGCCCGUGUUGGCUGCCCGCCCGCAAGCAACCCUACCAGUAUGAGGAGGCGAGACAACGAGAUUCCGACGCCAGCGUCGAUUGAAUUAGAAUCUACCCAAUAUGUAGCUCAAUCUCGCGAUCGGCCGGCUGGAUUGGAUACCUCGAUUGAGACUCCCCGUGAGAAUCCAAGCUCGGUGUCCGAAGUCACUCACCUCACCAACGACCAAUUUGCUAGGCUCCAACGCGCAACUGACAUACCUACUAGCCAACAGAAGUUACUCAAACUAUCUCAGAUGUUGCAUGAAAUGCUGCCACCCCUUGAAGACAGCGGGAUCAUAUGUAAAGCUAGUUAUCGUAGCUUCUACAUGUUCGAUGAAGUAUUGACCGUGCCAUACACAACUCUCAAUCAGGGAGGAUCGAAGUCGCCGGAGGACAUACUCGUUAGGCCUGGGAUAGAUGCGCACCCUGUUCUGAUAGCGAAGUAUAUGCUUCAGCUUGCUCAUAUCAUGCAACAAUUCCCUCUAAGUAUUCGCGAAGAAUUAAGAGGACUAUCUGAGUCCCCACAAGAGAUGCUUGAACGAUUGGCAGAUGCUGCUAUCAGUCUUGUAUCGACUCAAGAGAAGCUUCUUGGCAGUAUCGAGGGCUUAGAAUGCGUCAUGCUCGAGGGUAUGUACUAUGCUAACUGCGGGAAUCUAAGACUGAGUUGGGCAGCAUGUCGAAGAGCCAUGCACCUCGCACAAUUGAUGGGGUUUCACUUACCUAGUAGCCGGCUACGAUAUCGCAUGCUAAACCCCAAUACUAAAGCAGACCCCCGUUAUAUGUGGUAUCGUAUCGUGCAUUACGAUCGUUACCUAUGUAUAAUGUUGGGUCUACCUCAAGGAUCUAACGAUUGCAGCAUGGCUACUGACGCUAUGUUCGAAAAUGACACACCACUCGGACGCCUCGAACGAAUGCACUGCGUUCUUGUUGCUAAGAUACUCGAGCGCAAUGAGUCGGACGCAAGAUCGGGGGAUUCCGCCCUUACGGAAGAACUAGAUAGGGAACUCCAAAAGGCGGCAAAAAGUCUGCCUAGUAGGUGGUGGCUCAUACCGGACCUGAGAAACACCGAAAAGAACGACGAGGGCUUAUUCUGGGACCUUAAGCGUCUAGUUACCCAGAUGUAUCACUAUAAUAUACUCAAUCGACUCCAUUUGCCAUACAUGCUUCGGUCCUCGGAUGAUCGUCAAUACGAGUACUUUAAAGUCGCCUGCGUGAAUGCAUCGAGAGAGAUUCUCUCACGCUUCAUCGUAUUACGAAAUUUUAAUCGAAUAGCCAUCAAUUGUCGCACAUCGGAUUUCGUAGCCCUGAUGGCUGCGAUGACUCUUAUCUUGGCUCAUUUAGACAGCCAUCGUCAAUUCUCGCGUGCGAGUAACUUCUUAGCCCACCAAUACUUGAGCGACCGCGCCAUGAUGGAGCAGGUCCAAGAAACCAUGGAAGAACUCAGCCGUCUAAACGCAGAUAUCUUUAGUGCGGAAUGUGCCGACUUGUUGAAUCGCUUACUAGCAAUCGAAGCCGAGGCGGCUGACGGUCUUGGAGGUCAUGUUGAAGGUGUCCGCGUAGAGACACAGAAAACGGGAGUAGCGGAGAAAACCGAGAACGAAGCUAGCGACGGUAUCGUGAGCGUAACGAUUCCUUAUUUCGGAAUCAUCAAAAUUACCUGUGAGGGAAUUUCUAAAGAGACACCCAAGUCAUCCCACAUUCCCCACGAGUCACGCAAUAGCGAGAUACGGCUUCUGUCGGAGAUGGGGAACGUAGGUAACGUAGGUGGCGUAGGAGUUGCGGAGUUAUCAACCCCGGCGCAAUCACGGUCACGAAAUGCAUUUUAUACCACCGUUAACAAUCCAAAUUUUGUUCAACUAGAACCACAAACCCCGAGCAGCCUUUUUGAUCUUCCACUUCCAGGACUAACUGCUGGAGUUGAUGACUGGACGUUCCAAGGGGUCGAUACGGCAUUUUUUGACAGUUUGAUGGGGACGGCUGACGAUAAUGGGUAUGUUGGCGUGGAGGGACAAAUAUCGAAAUGAGUUAUGGCCGUAAUUCUUGGAGGAUUGAUGUCGUAUGAUGCAAAACAAAAGACCUGACUCGUUUGACAAGCAAUAGCUCGUUACGAAUAAAAUUUUGUUUGUAUUUGCAUAAUGAAUUGAAAAUGUUCAAAAAAGACCGCGACCAUUAAAAUUCGGGUGGAGGUAACAGGUUGAAUUAUGAUAUGUCAUAUUAGGUACAUAUUGUGGCGCACUUAUCUUACCGUUUACAUUCUCAUUCGGACCUUUUUGGCACUGAGGUUUUCAGC